AGCCCGCUUGAGCUGCUGUACCGCUCUUGUUUACAGAAGCUACCUGCCCACAACAACAACAAGCUGUCGCUUGGUCUGAUGGAGCAAAGGCGCUCAGCACAGCUCGGUACGGCAAGGCAACAAUGCGACCAGCGUGGAUACAGCACGGAGCGGACUGGAAAUUUGACACAGCACCAGAGAACACACACAGGAGAGAAACCCUUCAAGUGCAGUGUGUGUGGGAAGGCAUUUUCAUGGCCAUCAGUUCUUCAGAUCCACCAGAGAACACACACAGGAGAGAAACCCUUCAAGUGCAGUGUGUGUGGGAAGGCGUUUUCACGGUCAUUUGCUAUUAAAACACACAAGAGAACACACACGGGAGAGAAACCCUUCAAGUGCAGUGUGUGUGGGAAGGCGUUUGCACAAUCACCGCAUCUUCAAGCACACCAGAGAACCCACACGGGAGAGAAACCCUUCAAGUGCAGUGUGUGUGGGAAGGCAUUUUCACUGUCAUCUUCUCUUAUAAAACACCAGAGAACACACACGGGAGAGAAACCCUUCAAGUGCAGUGUGUGUGGGAAGGCAUUUUCACGGUCAUCUUCUCUUAAAAAACACCAGAGAACACACACAGGAGAGAAACCCUUCAAGUGCACUGUGUGUGGGAAGGCAUUUACACAGUCAUCAAAUCUUAAAAAACACCAGAGACAACACACAGGAGAGAAACCCUUCAAGUGCAGUGUGUGUGGGAAGGCAUUUUCACGGUCAUCUUCUCUUAUAAAACACCAGAGAACACACACGGGAGAGAAACCCUUUAAGUGCAGUGUGUGUGGGAAGGCGUUUUCACGGUCAUUUGCUAUUAAAACACACCAGAGAACACACACGGGAGAG